AAGUAACCCAGUGUAUAUAAGAACUGCCUUCAUGGCAGUUUGGUUAGCAGACAUGUGGUACAGCAGAGAGCAGCGCUUGACAGGGAAAUCAGGAGCUAUGAAGCGGCUGGCAGAAAAUAUUAAGGUGCUUUACAUCGCCAGUGACUGUAUGGAGCCUUAUGUUGAGAUCAUCACAGUGAAAGAGUCCAAACGCUGCCAGAGUCUGUGCAGCUCAGACGCCUCCGAGGUGGAAGAGCCCGAGUACCUGCUGGAAGUUGAUGAUGAUCUUCCUGUCCUCACUGACCAGAGUCAUCUGCUAGAUGACUAUCACCUAGAAAAACUUGCUGCUCAAAUGCCAGCAAGGACCCGGGGUUAUCAAUGGCAGCUGGUCUACAGCACAGCCGUCCAUGGGAGCAGCCUGAAGACUCUGUACAGGAACAUGGCUGAGGUGGACAGCCCUGUGCUGCUGGUGGUCAAAGACAUGCACAAAAAGGUGUUUGGGGCUUUUUCUUCAGAUCCAUUCAGAGUCAGUAAAUACUGCUACGGUACUGGAGAAACCUUCUUGUUCAGCUUCAAUCCCGACUUCCAGGUAUACAAGUGGAGUGGGGUGAACUCGUACUUUGUGAGUGGGAACUGGGAUUCAUUGCAGCUUGGUGGAGGAGGGAGUGGCUUUGCCCUGUGGCUGGAUGCUGAUCUGUACCGUGGUUCAAGCUUUUCCAGUCCGACUUUUCACAAUGCACCUCUCUCCACAAAUGAGGACUUUAUUGUACAAGACCUGGAGGUCUGGACUGUGCAGAAUUGACUGUGAACAUCUAAAAAGCCGAGCUAAAAUCAAAGCAGGACCUGUUGUUCUGUGUGGAGCUCCCAGACUUCAAGGCGUGUGGGCCGUUUAGCCACUACUGUACGUAUCCUGAUGGAGCGUCUGCUGUCGUCUCUGCACAUGGUUCAGAGUUCCU